AUGGAUGAGAUGAAGAGCAGUUCGUCAGAUGAUGACUUGGAGGAGAUAGUUGAUCCUAGGAGUACUCUUCCACAUUGGGCUACAACCACUGAAAGGAGUUCAGAUUAUGGUAGGCAGGAUAAUUCUUCAAGAGGGGCAAAUAGUUCAAACCUAAGUUCUUCUAAUAUUUAUAAUCAUUCACAAAUCAAGCCUCAUACACUACCUGUGUCCAGCACCAAUGCACUGAACCACAGAAUUGCACGAAGAGAUGAGCCUUCCUACCAUGCCCAGAAUGGAAACACAAGUCAGCAACAAGCAGUUAAUUCCCGAAUUUCAAAUUCUCAUGGUGCAGAUUAUGAGAAAAUGUCAUCUCAGCAAGCUUUCAGGAGGACCCUUCCUUCAUCUCUUCAGCCUUCUGCAACAAGGGCUCUUCAUUCUUCUUCAUUUGCAUCAGACAGCAGAUUAAGCAACUUAAAAGAUAAUGCAAGUAGUAGUCAACUUCAUGAUGCAUAUAAAAAUCGUCGCCAGGGAGUAGGGCCUAGCACAUCCAGUGACAGGGGCUACAUUCGUGACAAUUUUAGCAGGGGCUAUGAUGAAGAUCGUUACCUGUAUCAAAAUGGUGGGAACAGGAUUCUUCCAUCAUCUUUGGCACCUGGAAAGGCCAUAGUUCCACACUUUGCUAUUUCUAGUGAAUCUGCAUAUCGUUCUGGAGCAGGUGAUGAAAGAUCUGCUGAAAACGAUGAGAGACUAAUUUAUGAGGCAGCAUUACAGGAUAUCAGUCAACCUAAAACAGAAUAUGACUUACCUGCUGGUGUAUUGUCUGUCUCUCUUCUGAGACAUCAGAAAAUUGCAUUGGCUUGGAUGCUUCAGAAAGAAACCAAGAGUUUGCAUUGCUUGGGGGGGAUUUUGGCUGAUGAUCAGGGUCUUGGAAAGACAAUCUCAAUGAUUUCCCUCAUUCUGGCAUUGAGGUCAUUACAGUCAAAAUCAAAAACAGAUGAUACAUGCAAUCACAAAACUGAAGCUUUGAAUUUGGAUGAUGAUGAAGAUAAUGGUGGUGUAGAUGUGGAAAAGCAUAAAAAUGUUGAGGUAUCCGAUGAUUUGAAACCUAAUACAGAACCUAUCAGUUCAACGCAGGCACCUGGCAGGAAAAGACCGGCUGCUGGUACACUAGUUGUCUGCCCUGCUAGUGUUCUUCGACAGUGGGCCAGGGAACUUGAUGAAAAAGUUGGAGGUGAAAAGCUUUCUGUUUUAGUGUAUCAUGGGGGCAGUAGGACAAAGGAUCAUGUAGAACUUGCAAAAUUUGAUGUGGUUCUAACAACAUACUCUAUUGUGACUAAUGAAGUUCCUAAGCAACCAAUAGUAGAGGAGGAUGAUAUUGAAGACAAAAAUGGCGAAAGAUUUGGGUUAUCCUCUGAGUUUUCUGUUAGUAAAAAGAGGAAAAAACCAUUUAAUGGAAAUAGGAAGAGUAAAAAAGGUAGAAAAGGAAUUGACAGUUCUAUCGAAUGUGGUUCCGGUCCCCUUGCAAAAGUAGGUUGGUUUAGGGUUAUUCUAGAUGAGGCUCAAACAAUAAAGAAUCAUAGAACUCAGGUGGCUAGAGCUUGCUGCAGCCUUAGAGCCAAAAGAAGGUGGUGCUUAUCUGGAACACCUAUUCAAAAUUCUAUUGAUGAUUUGUAUAGCUACUUUAGAUUCCUAAAGUAUGAUCCUUACGCAGUAUAUAAGUCAUUUUACAACACCAUAAAGGUUCCAAUAUCCCGAAAUUCAAUUCAAGGUUACAAGAAACUACAAGCAGUUUUAAGGGCCAUAAUGCUACGUCGUACAAAAGGAACUUUGCUUGAUGGAAAGCCAAUAAUCAAUUUGCCUCCUAAAACAAUUGAGCUCAGUAAAGUGGAUUUCUCCAUUGAGGAGCGGGCCUUCUACACCAAGUUGGAAACAGACUCACGCACUCAAUUUAGGAACUUUAGCACAAAAAGAGAGCCCAACCCAAAAGAAUGGCUCAUUAGGUGGGAGAGUCUCAAAGCUUACGCAUAUGCUGCUGCUGGCACAGUGAACCAAAACUAUGCUAAUAUUCUUUUAAUGCUCUUACGUCUCCGUCAGGCUUGUGACCACCCCCUUCUAGUUAAAGAUAUUGAUUCAGACCCUGUUGGGAAGGAUUCUGUUGAAAUGGCAAAAAAUCUUCCAAGGGACAUGCUGAUUAAUCUGUUUAAUUGUUUGGAAGAAACUUUUGCUAUCUGUAAUGUUUGCAAUGAUCCCCCUGAUGACCCUGUUAUUACGAUGUGUGGCCAUGUCUUCUGUUAUCAAUGUGUAUCAGAAUAUUUGACUGGUGAUGAUAAUACGUGCCCUGCAGUUAAUUGUAAAGAACUAAUUGGUGAUGAUCUUGUUUUCUCGAAAGUUACUUUGAGGAGUUGCAUCUCUGAUGAUGGUGGCAGUUCUAGUUCUGCAAAUUCACAUCUUUGUGAUUUUUCGCUAGUGCAGCAGAGUGACUACGUUUCAUCUAAAAUCAAAGCUGUUCUUGAGGUUUUGCAGUUAAAUUGUAACGUGAAGAUAUCUAGUUCUGACUUACCAAACUCCUCUGAAUGUUGUAGAGAUUCACCAUCUUCUGAUAAUUUAUAUGAAGACUGUGAUUCAGAUAUUAGGGCUACAAAACACACAAGAAAGUAUUCAGAGUCCACAACUGAAGCACCGAUAAAAGCUAUAGUUUUUUCCCAGUGGACUAGCAUGUUGGACCUAGUUGAGACAUCAUUGAGUCAAUUUAGUAUACCGUAUAGGAGACUUGAUGGUAGAAUGACUCUGAGUGCAAGGGACAAAGCUGUUAAGGAUUUCAAUACUGAACCUGAGAUAGCUGUUAUGCUGAUGUCACUAAAAGCAGGAAACCUUGGUUUGAAUAUGGUUGCUGCUUGUCAUGUUAUUCUUUUGGAUCUUUGGUGGAAUCCAACAACUGAAGAUCAAGCAAUUGAUCGAGCCCAUAGAAUUGGACAAACUCGUCCUGUUACUGUGACACGGAUUACUAUAAAAGAUACAGUUGAAGAUCGGAUACUGGCUCUUCAGGAUGAAAAGAGAAAAAUGGUUGCAUCCGCUUUUGGGGAAGACCAUGCUGGUGGGUCUGGAACUCGCCUAACUGUGGAUGAUCUGAAAUAUCUCUUCAUGGUCUAG